AUUUCACUUUGCCAACGACGACACCAUCUUGUGCAAAGUACCAUUUGAACCGGGUAGCGUUACUCGCGGGUUCAACCGAUAUUACCGCAAGCAUGUCCCGCGCGCUGUGUGUCCUCAUCAUCACGGCCCUAUUGACAGCACUUUGCCUGUGUGGCGUUACCGGAGAAAUAUUCCGUAAUGCCGGUUUUGAGGCUCCGCUUGGCCCUGACAACUGGUACUGCUCUAGCUGCACGGGAGAACAGUACGGGAAUGACAAGGUGGAGGGGGCUGUGAGUAUGCGGGCAACUCAGAGACGGGGUGCCUGGUCUGGGCCUUCGUACGACCUGGCGUACGGAAGUGACGUCACGUCUGACCGGACGUACGACUUCCAGAUCUACCUGCAGCUGAUGGCGGGCGGUGACGUCAAACAUCCGGUCAAAGUCACCGUGCAAACAACAUUUUCUGACGGGGAGACCAUCCACCGACAGAUCGCGACGCUCAGUGCUGUGAGUCAGACAGAUGGCUGGAAACAGAUCGCCGCGACAUGGACUGUACCAGUUUACGACAGGUCGGUGACGUCCAUGCGCCUGUAUGUGGAGGGACCUCCGCACGAGAUCGACCUGCUGGUGGACAGGUCUUCUCUGACUGAGGCGGGUGUGGGCACCGUCGAUACCUUAGCGACAGGCUCAGAGCUGCUGUCUAACCCAGGGUUCGAGUCGUUGCUGGACUUCUGGCAGUGCUCCGGGUGUACCGGGGUCUACUUUACUGCGGACAGCUACAGCGGAUCCUCCUGUAUGCUGGCACAGGAUAGGAGUGCAUCGUGGGCCGGUCCAUCCCAAAACUUGGCCUGGGGGUCAAAGGUCAAGGGCGGACAUAGCUACCAGUUCAGCAUCCAGGUCAAGUUUCUGGAUGGCGGCAGCACCCCCUACCAGCUGAUGGCGAAACUGCACGUGACGUUUUCUGAUGGAACUUCUGACGUUUGGCUACAUGUUGCUGGAAGCUGGGUAUCUGCUCAAGAUGGCUGGAAGAAGCUUAGUGGGGACUACACUAUACCGGACUAUGGGACCACCGUGAGUAACAUCCGGUUGUUCCUGGAGGGACCUCCGGGUGAGAUCCGCUUCCUUGUGGACGACGCUUCCUUUAAGGAGUUCGCGUCCCCCACCGAGUGGAGGGCCGAGGCAGACGCACGGAUAGAGCAGAUCCGUAAAAGGGACGUCAAACUGAGGAUCAACACACCAAACCCUCAUGGCAUCACAGUAGAGAUAGCUCAGACCCGAUCCCACUUUGCCUUCGGCACGGCCGUCCGUGCCUCGGAGAUGCCCAGCAACAGCCUCUACACAGACUUCUUCUUCGACAACUUCGAGUGGGCCGUUUUGGAGAACGACCUCAAAUGGAGGCAGAACGAAAGGAAUGAGGGUCAGCUGAGAUUCGACCUGGCAGAUGCAGCGAUCCAACUACUUGAAAGUCAAGGGAUACCAAUGCGUGGCCACUGCGUGUUCUGGGGAGCCGGGGUCUCCCAUGUUCCCACCUGGCUGCACGCGUACUCCGGGUCAGAGCUGGAGCAGAAGUGUUGGAAAAGGGUGGAUGACGUCGUCGGUCGAUAUGCUGGCAGACUGCAGCAUUGGGACGUGAACAACGAGAUGCUGCACGGAAACUACUUCGUGGAGAGAACCGGAAACCCGCAGAUCCGGUACGACAUGUUCCAGAAGGUGAAGGAGAAGGAUCCUGGCGCCAAACUCUUCCUGAACGACUAUGGCGUCAUCAACAGUGGGACAAUGACACAGGCGUACGUACACCAGGCUGAGGAGUUCCUCGCUAACGGAGCUCCAGUCGACGGGAUGGGGGUCCAAGGACACUUCACAGGGCGUCCGGACCCGGCUCUUCUUAAGAGUCGUCUGGACCUCUUGGCCACUCCGAGCCUGCCCAUCUGGGUGACAGAGCUGACAGUAGAGGAACCAGACGAGCUGGAGAGGGCGGGGGGUUACGAAGACGCCAUGCGGGUCGCCUUCAGCCACCCUGCCGUGGAGGGAGUCCUCCUGUGGGGGUACUGGGACGGGGCGCACUACAACCCGCAGUGUGCUCUGGCCAAUGGCGAUAACGUGCAGGCCAACGAGGCAGGUCGGCGCUGGAGGCAGCUUGUCUUCACCGACUGGCGUACCAACCUGUCCCUGCAUCAGGGCACCAUCACGUCAGCUGGGCAGGAGUUCAAGUUCCGUGGUUUCCAUGGAAACUACGAGGUCAAGGUGAAGUUACACGGCCAGGUGGCGGCCACCAAGACCUUCUACCUGUCACCUGGAGACGGGACGAUGGUCGUGGAUAUAGACAUGCCGAAUGACAUCAUUGUCGGCUAACCGAUACAUAUUUCGGCGAUCUGGGUUUACCAGAUUCUGAUAAUGAAAUGUGGAAUAAACUUUGAGCCAAAGAAACA